AUGACUCCGCGGCGCUCCUCCGGGGGCCCUCAGUGUGCGUUUGAGGAGAACAAAAAAGAGAGAGAGAGAGAGCCGAGCGGGGGAGCGAGCGAGGGAGCCGCGCCGAGCAGAGAAAGAGCCGCCGGGCGCUGCCGCCUCGCUGGACGUCGCCGGGACCGCGGGGCCACCGGGAGGCACUUUUGGCGGCGGGGGGAGGGGGAGCGACCUCUGCAGCCCCGGCGCCCGGGCCGUCCGAGCGCCUGCGGGGUGGGCUGCGACCUCUGCCUCGGCGGAUUGCAUUUUUUAACUAAGGAUUCCCAGCAGCUCUUUGGGAUUUUUUUUUUUUUUUUCAGUUUCCACUCAUGUGUUGACACUCGUGCUCGGGAGAAACUCUUUUAA